UUCCAUAGACAGGACUGUCUGAAUGUGUAUAAAAACUGGUGCAGGUUUAUAGAUUACCUGCACCUGAGAUGGCCUACCUCGGUCUUUUCACCACAUCGAUGCAUUAUGUAUCACUUGCAUAUCAACUUCCCUCCAAGUCAUUUGACACCCAAGCUUUAUAGCUGAAGCCAGGCAACCAGGAUGACUUGCAUGCCAGUUAGGAAGCAGACGCACAUCAGGAGGACACCAAACACGGACCAUGACCUUCAUAGCCAAGACGUUUUAUGACCUGCGUGCUACCACGUUGGAAGGGGAAUCUAUCGAUUUUAAUGUCUACCGAGGCCGAGUGGUACUUAUCGAGAAUGUGGCAUCGCUAUGAGGGACCACCACCCGGGACUACAGCCAGCUCAACCAGCUCCAGAGCAGGUACCCGCACCGGCUGGUGGUCCUGGCCUUCCCCUGUAAUCAGUUUGGCUACCAGGAAAACUGCAGAAAUGGAGAGAUCCUGAACUCUUUGAAGCACGUACGACCAGGUGGAGGGUUUGAGCCUUCGUUCACCGUUUUUGAGAAGUGCGAUGUGAAUGGGGCUAACACACAUCCCGUCUUCGCAUACCUGAAAGACAAACUUCCGUACCCCGAUGAUGACCCAGUCUCUCUUAUUCAGGACCCCAAGUUCUUAGUGUGGAGUCCCAUCAGCAGAACUGAUGUCUCUUGGAAUUUUGAGAAGUUCCUGAUUGGCCCAGAGGGAGAACCCUUCAAGAGAUACAGCAAAAACUUUGAGACCAUUAAUAUAGAACCUGAUAUUCAAAGGUUAUUGAGGCUGACCAAAAACUAAUCAAAACAAGUGCCUCAUAAUGUAUUUAAUUUUACUGUAGGUACCACUGUGCACUCCUCUACCUUUUCUUAUUUUACUUAAUGAAGUUGAUGCUCUAAACUAACGUAGGGAGUAUUAACUGAGGUGGUGUAAAUAUAAAAAAGACGUGUAGAGGAUGCUAACAGAGAUGUACUGAAAGGAAUCCUUUAAUAAAAAAAACAACUUUGA